CCGUAUGUGGUACAGUGGAAUCAGUCGCGGUUUAUCAGCCGAGCUGGUAAAGCGCGCGAGCUCGUUUACAGCUCAUAAGCAUUCUCGGACAGUCUCUAUACAGCUUGUCACGAUAUAAAUUUAACAUUUUACGAUCGACACAAAUUGCGGACAUCGCAGUAUUCCUUUUAUCUUUCCUCAUCCUUCAUCGCGGAUCGUUGAAUUUUGACAGAAGCGGAAAGAGAGCGAAAAAGGGUGAAAAACAUGGCGGAUAAAAUAUACUACCCCAAUCCGGAGCUCACGAAAAGAUCGCACUGCAGUAGCAUGGAACAAUACAGGGAGAUGCAUAAAAAAUCUGUAGAGGAUCCAGUCAAGUUCUGGGGCGAAAUUGCCAAACAAUUUUACUGGGAAACGCCAGCGAUAGAUGACAAAUUUUUCUCAUACAAUUUCGAUGUAAAUAAAGGUGAUGUUUUCAUAAAAUGGAUGGAGGGAGCAACGACGAAUAUCAGCUUCAAUUUGCUCGAUAAAGCUGUAAAGAGCGGACAUGGAGAUAAAAUUGCAUUUUAUUGGGAAGGAAACGAUCCAGAAGAUUAUUCGCGACUGACGUAUAAAAAGUUGCUCGAGGAAACAUGCAGAUUUGCAAAUGUUCUCAAGUCGAAAGGUAUCACCAAGGGAGACAGAGUAGUGAUUUACAUGCCGAAUAUCUUGGAACAACCGAUCGCCAUGUUGGCUUGCACGAGGAUAGGGGCGGUUCAUAGCGUGGUGUUUGCAGGAUAUUCGUCCGAUUCUUUGGCGGAACGCAUACUCGACUCCAAAGCUAAAAUUUUGAUUACUGCGGAUGGUGUAUGGAGAGGUGAGAAAUUACUUCUGCUGAAAAAUAUCUGUGACGAGGCCUUGGAGAAGGUCAAGAAACAGGACUAUCAAGUCGAAUGCUGCGUCGUCGUUUCGCAUUUGAGAAGGCUCAACAAUCCUCAGGGUAAGAUGAAUGGCGUGAACGGUACUAGCAACGGCGAUACAGAGUUGACCAAUGUUUCCUGGGACAACGAUCGAGAUGUUUGGUGGCAUGACGAGAUGGAGGACGCAGAACCGAGCUGUUAUCCAGUUUGGCUGGCAGCCGAAGAUCCACUUUUUAUCCUUUACACGAGCGGCUCUACUGGAAAACCAAAGGGACUUCUUCAUACUACAGCAGGAUAUAUGAUUUUCGCAGCGACAACUUUCAAAUAUGUUUUCGAUUAUCAUCCGGGUGAUGUUUAUUUCUGCACUGCUGAUAUCGGAUGGAUCACAGGACAUACUUAUGUGGUUUACGGUCCAUUGGGGUGUGGUGCAACGUCUGUCUUGUUCGAGGGUAUACCCUUCUAUCCGGAUAAGGAUCGAUUCUGGACAAUUGUCGAUAAAUACAAGGUUACGCAAUUUUAUACAGCGCCAACGGCUAUCAGAUCAUUAAUGAAAUUUAGCGAUGAUUAUGUGACGAGGAAUAGUCUAACUUCGCUUAAGGUUCUUGCUUCAGUGGGUGAACCAAUUAACACCGAGGCCUGGCUUUGGUAUUACAAUGUCGUUGGCCACGGUAAAUGCAGCAUAUCAGACACUUUCUUUCAAACGGAAACUGGUGGCCACGUAAUUACACCGCUACCAGGUUGCACACCUAUGAAGCCAGGCUCAGCGACGUUUCCAUUCUUUGGGGUUUUGCCGGAACUUCUUGACGAGGAUGGUCAAAUAGUAGAGGGCGAAGGAGAGGGGUACCUUGUUUUCCGUCAACCAUGGCCGGGUAUGAUGCGAACUCUCUAUGGGAAUCAUGAACGUUUUCAAAGUGCCUACUUCGAGCGAUUCAAAGGAUAUUACUGCACGGGAGAUGGAGCGAGACGUGACGCAGACGGAUAUCUAUGGGUAACUGGUCGUAUCGACGAUAUGUUGAACGUUUCCGGUCAUUUAAUGUCAACAGCUGAAGUCGAAAAUGUAUUAGCAGAACAUUCGUCAGUGGCCGAGGCCGCAGUAGUCAGCAAAAAGCAUGCUGUUAAAGGUGAAUGCUUGUAUUGUUUCAUUACGCCGAGUGAUGGGAAGACGUUUGACGAAAAAUUACAACUUGAGCUUAGAAAGAGAGUACGCGAAAGGAUUGGUGCAUUUGCUGCACCGGACGUCAUUCAACAUGCUCCAGCUUUACCGAAAACAAGAUCUGGGAAGAUUAUGAGACGUAUGCUGAGAAAAAUCGCAGCGGGCGACGAGAAUAUCGGAGAUACAUCUACACUGGCCGACGAGACUGUUAUCAAACUUCUCUUCGAAUUAAGGCCAAAAGUUUAAAAUAUGUAUUUUUCGCUUAUUAUUAUAGGAAGAUGAAAGUAUCUUGAAAAACUUUUCGCAUAAUUUCGAUGAAUGUUGACAACGUGACGCACGAUUUCCGGAUAAUUUCAUAAGAUAAAAAUAAUAUAUUUAGAUUGCACAUUAAAAAUAUCGAGUCGGUCUACGUAUUCGCACAAUAUUGAAGGCGCACUUCAAGAUCUUAUCAAUUAUUAAUUUGACCAUUACGAACGUACAAAUGUAUAAACGAUAUUGUUAUCUCUUUUUCCGUUGAUCGAAUUCUAUCUGUCACUCAAACUUUUAGAGUGAUUAGAAAUAUGAAAGUUAUUAUUAUUCUUUUAACACGUCUCUUUUUUAUUUUCUUCCAUUUUUCCAAAGGAAAGAAAAGAGACAUGUCAAAGGGAUAAAUUGUUAAUAGAAUUAUACGAGAUAAAUAGAUAUUAAUUGAUUAAAUUAUUAGUCGGUCUCUUUGAAGAACGACUGCGAUACAUAUCUUACGUAAGCAUUGCUAAGUUGCCUAUAAAUAUUCUUUUGUUAAGCUAUUUAAAUUUAUUGAAAUUAAGUUGCAAAACAGAAAACGCUCAAUGCAAAAAAUUAUAUAUUACACAGCACGAUAGUAGACGAUAGAUAAAAGGUUGGUUGCACAAUUACUACUAAUAACUGUUAUUACUUAACAGAGGUGAGCAUAGCACAUGACUUACCUGACGCGUAUAUAUGUAAUUGACGGAUACUGCAAAAAAACGGUAUUCUGCUUCCUGCAAUUUAGUGUAUAUAUAAUAUGUUAUAAUUCUAUUUAUGUAUACACACAGGGUGUCUAUAUUACCUUGAUGUACUGUAUUUCAUUUCAAUUACAUAUUCUUUGAUGAGUUUUUCAAAAUUGAGAGAUAAAUCAUCUUCUCUCUUCAAUAUUCAAGGAAUAGCGUGAUUGAAAGAAGAUACGGACAUACGUACUUAUAUGAAUGAAAGUUGCCUCGUGCUCCUUUUUUGGGAGUUACGUCCAUACAUAUCAUUCCUUGCGGAACAAAACAACUUUAGGUGUGAUAAUAAAUGUAUAUGUAUUGUACGCGUAGAUAUAUAUAUAUAUAUAUAUA